AUCAUGAAUGUUCUUCUUAGUAAAUAUGGAUCACCCAAUAGUAGUCCUGCUCCUUUGAUUAUGCAGUCGAAGCAGGAGUUGGUUGGCACUGUUGAGGAAGAAAGAAAGGAAGAGGGAAUGUUCCUGACAUGGGAGGAUUUGCAGGUGACAGUUCCAAAUGGAAGGAAAGGUAGGAAACCGAUUCUUAAGGCUCUAACUGGUUAUGCCAAGCCAGGGCAACUUUUGGCAGUAAUGGGUCCUUCUGGCUGUGGCAAAUCAACACUUCUUGAUGCCUUAGCAGGAAGACUGGUUUCAAGCUCAAAGCAAACAGGGAAAAUUCUAAUUAAUGGCCAUAAACAUGAACUGGCUUAUGGAACAUCUGCAUACGUGACACAUGAUGAUGCUGUGUUAUCAACAUUAACAGUAGGAGAAGCAGUGUCCUAUUCAGCUCAUCUCCAAUUUCCAGAGUCAAUGUCCAACAAAGAGAAGAAAGAGAGAGUAGAUUUUACAAUCAGACAAAUGGGUCUACAAGAGACCACUCACACAAGGAUUAAAGGGAAGGCUUCUAAAGGCCUUAGUGAGGGGCAAAAGAGGAGACUUGCCAUUUGUAUUCAGAUUCUUACAAGCCCCAAACUUCUCCUUCUUGAUGAACCAACCAGUGGCCUUGACAGUGCAGCUUCCUACUAUGUCAUGAGCAGAAUUGCAAGCCUAAAGAUAAGAGAUGGCAUCAAAAGAACAAUUGUUGCAUCCAUCCAUCAGCCCAGCAGUGAAGUUUUUGAGCUUUUUGAUCAUCUUUGUCUUCUGUCUUCAGGUGAAACAGUAUAUUUUGGCACCACUUCUGCUGCAACCGAGUUUUUUGCUUCUAAUGGCUUUCCUUGUCCACCUCUCCACAACCCUUCUGAUCAUUUCUUGAGGAUCAUAAACAAGGAUUUCAUACUGGAUGAUAAAGAAGGCUUCCACAUAGUAGUACCCGAAGAAGAAGCAGUGGAUACCCUUGUGAAGUUUUUUAAAUCUUCUGAAAUUAGUAACCAAGUUCGGAAAGAAGUAGCAGCAAUAGGUGAAAGGGAAUAUGGUUUCACGGGGAGCAGCAGAACACAAACAGCAUUUCUAACUCAGUGUCACGUUCUUCUAAGAAGAUCUUCAGUGCACUUGUUUCGUGAUGUAACCAAUUAUUGGUUGCGUCUGGCUAUGUUUAUUGUAGCAGCUAUUAGUAUGGGAACUAUAUUCUUUGACGUUGGUUCAAGUAAUUCAUCCAUUCAGGCUAGAGGGUCACUGGUAUCUUUUGUUGCUUCAGUCCUAACUUUCAUAACCCUUCUUGGUGGAUUUCCUCCAUUUUUGGAACAAAUUAAGGUAUUUGAACGUGAGAGAUUGAAUGGACACUAUGGUGUUGGUGCUUUUGUCAUUAGCCAUACAUUAUCACCUAUUCCAUACAUGGCACUGAUGUCAGUGAUUCCUGGUGUGAUCACUUAUUACCUUUCUGGACUUCACACAGGACUUGAACGUUGCAUCUAUUUUUCUAGUGUAUUACUUGCAUGCAUUUUGUGGGUUGAGAGUCUCAUGAUGGUUGUUUCAAGUAUCCUCCCAAAUCCCAACACUAACAUCACAGUCUCUGGUGGAAUUAUGGGAGUGAUGAUUUUAACUGGUGGGUUUUUUCGUCUGCCAAAUGAUCUCCCCAAACCAUUUUGGAAAUACCCUAUGUAUUAUGUUUCCUUCCACAAAUAUGCCUUCCAAGGAUUGUUCAAGAAUGAGUUCAUUGGUCUGAAGUUGAGAAGUGAUGAAGAUGGAGGAACCUACAUAAGUGACAAGGAAGUACUCACAAAGAUAUGGCAAGUGGAAAUGGGUUACUCCAAAUGGGUUGAUCUUGCUAUCUUAAUCGGAAUAAUUGUUUUAUAUAGACUUAUGUUCUUGACAAUUACUAAGACUAAGGAGAAAAUGAAAAGCUAA